CACAAUGUUUCGAAGAAGCUUUGCCUGUAUUAUGUCAAUUUAAUAAAACCUAAUUUUUAAGCGAUAACUAAAUAUAUUAUAAAACAUGCAUUCACACGUGCUACCGAAUAAGAGUGAGGAGGAGAUGACUGUGGAAGAAAAAUUGAGGGUACAACAUAUAAAAAUGCAUGAACAACAUCAGGGUCAUGAGGCGAUGCAUGCAGAAAUGCUAAUCAUCUUAUUAGUAACAUUAUUAAUAGUGCAGAUUGUACUAGUUGAAUGGAAAAAAAGUCAUUAUAGAUCGUAUCAAUUUGUUACUUUAAUUGCUAUGUGGAUUAUACCAUUCGGAUUAAGUUUAAAAAAUCACUGGUGGAGGUUUAUAUUUCUGUGGUUGGUAUCCUCUUGUAUAACAGGACUGGUAGUAAGAAAGGCUAUACAGAAGCCUAUUACAGGCACAACACCAAGGCUGGUAUACAAAUGGUUUCUUUUUAUUUAUCAACUCAGUUAUGUGUUGGGUAUACUAAGUUAUAUUAUCAUGCUAGCAACAUUUUUCGGUUUAAAUAUAGUAUUUGGAGUGAAGCCACAAGAAUGGAUGGAUUGUGGUAUACUUUUGUUAUUUUAUGGUCUCUAUUUUGGAGUGUUAGGAAGAGACAUUGCAGAGAUAUGUGCAGAUAAAAUGGCUUCACAUAUUGGAUAUUAUGUGCCAGGCCAAAUGCCUACAAGGACUUUAGAACCAGGUGUGUGUGCUGUAUGUGGAAAUAGACUUUUAGUAUCAGAAAAUGAACCUGGUGUUAUAGAAAACACAUACAAGCUCAGUUGUGAACAUGUCUUUCACGAGUUUUGUAUUAGGGGUUGGUGCAUUGUGGGAAAAAAACAAACAUGUCCUUAUUGUAAAGAAAAAGUUGAUCUGAAGAAAAUGUUCUGCAAUCCAUGGGAACGGCCUCACGUUUUAUACGGCCAGUUACUAGACUGGAUCAGGUGGUUAGUUGCCUGGCAACCAUUAAUUUUAUUUCUUGUUCAAGGUAUCAAUUGGGGCCUAGGCCUCGAGUAAGUAAAGUUCUAUUAUGAUGAAUCCAGUUGCACUUAGGACACCAUUUGUGUUUCCGUAAAAUUAAUGACUUAUUCAUUUAAACUACGGUACGUUUUUUAUAUUUUUCUACACGGAGUUGUUACUACAUUUGUUAUAACAAUGAAUCGUGUUAGAGAUGUACAAUUCCAGUCCAAGUUGUGAUUGAAAUUUUAAUUAAAUUUGAUAGCAAUGUUGCAUUCACGUCGC